AUGUCCCAGCCCGUAGCUACAUUCUCCUUCCCGUCCAACGGGUCCACUCAGUUUUCGGCCCCGCCGCACGGGCACGACGGGCACUCCCACGAUCACGGGCAUUCGCAUGACCACGACCACGACCAUGGGCACGACCAUGCUCACGACGGCGUUAACGAGCAUGGGCAUACGCAUGAGCAUCUAGAGAAUGCAGGCAAGUAUGCUGAGCGGGACCUGCCCGACUUUUCUGGUCGGGAUUGGAACGAGCGAGCCUUCACCGUUGGUAUUGGAGGGCCCGUGGGGUCAGGCAAGACAGCUCUGCUUCUGGCGCUUUGCCGAGCUCUCCGAGGUAGCCACAAUAUCGCUGCGGUGACGAACGACAUCUUCACCAGGGAAGACCAGGAGUUCUUGAUCCGAAACGAAGCCCUACCAGCCGAGCGUAUCCGUGCGAUAGAGACCGGUGGCUGUCCGCACGCUGCGAUCAGGGAGGACAUCUCGGCGAACAUGGGCGCGCUGGAGGAGCUUCAGGCCGAGUUCGAAACGGAGCUGUUGUUCGUGGAGAGUGGAGGGGACAAUCUGGCAGCGAACUACUCGAGGGAGCUCGCUGAUUAUAUCAUCUACGUGAUUGACGUUUCGGGAGGGGACAAGAUUCCGAGGAAGGGCGGACCGGGGAUUUCCCAGUCCGACCUGCUGAUAGUGAACAAGAUCGAUCUGGCACCCUACGUUGGAGCCUCUCUUGACGUGAUGCGCCGCGACGCUGCGUUGAUGCGAGACUCGGGACCAACACUGUUCACGAGCAUGCGGAAUGGGGAGGGAGUGAGCGAGAUUGUGGAGGCUAUCUUGGGGGCGUGGAAGGUCAGCGGAGCGAGUGAGAGCGGGAAGAAGGGUAAGGGAAAGGCAUAG